GUUCUUAUGACUUGUCAAGUGGGCGUUUUUACGUUACGGCCAUUCGUGCAGCAGGGACCAUUGCAGGACCGAUCAUCUUCGGCAGCUAUACAAAUAUUCCGACACCGUUGCGGGGCAGUGCGGGGCCCCGGACUCGUAGCACCCCCGACAUCCGAGCGCGGCGACUUACACACUCUCCUACACUCUCUCACACUUCGAGCUUGUUUCGUUCCAUCCUUGGCCAUCCUUGGCCUCGUGCUUAUCCAUUUGCUAUUUUCUCCUAUUUUUCUAGUCAUUCCCGCGGCGCACUAGAGAGAUCUAGUGAGAUGCUGUUGAUCCUAUACUACACGACUCAUGGCACCGUGAUUAAUUGCCGUCCGGCUGAUUCUCUUUCAUGUUCCGCAUCCCCUCACACACACACCAGAUCAAGAUUAGUUUUAUGCCCAUGCAAGCUGCCAUUGAAGUACUAGCCGGCAAUAGUCAGUUUACAGUGUUGCUGAAGCACAUACCAUCGCCGCGACGCCAGGCAUUCCACCACUUUGAAGCAAAAGGCGUAGCUACAGCCUGGAGAUAUUCUAAGGUGUAGUCACGGACCAUCUACUCUUUGGCUUGAGCAGUGCUUGAGCUAAGAGCAUCAUAAAAUUUUCAGAAUUUGAGAUUGUCGAGAAUUUCAUCAGAAUUCAUAUUUCGCU